AUGACAGAUGUGAUGCGAGCUUUGACAAUCGCGAUGAAUAUAGAAAAACGUGCGGCAAAAUUUACGAAUGUAAAGAACCGAAUUGUGGAAAAAAGUACAAUUGUAGGACAUCAUUUCACUCUCACAAGAGGAGAAAUCAUCAACCACAUCAAUCUAAAUCUCAAUGCGAAAACUAAGAGCGAACUUAUGAGUGUCAUUAUGUCGGAUGUACUUUGCGCACGAACAGUUCCAAAGAAAAUAGAGAACACAAGAAAACCCACGGCAAACCAUUUAUUUACGAAUGUAAAGAACCCAAUUGUGGAAAAAAGUACAAUUGUAAGACAUCAUUUCACUCUCACAAGAAGAGAAAACAUCAACCACAUCAAUCUAAAAUCUCAAUGCGAAAAUUGUAACAAAUCCUUCAGUCGCAAGGACCAUUUGAAGGAACAUCAAAGAGAUGCUUCGGAAAUUCAC